UGCUUUAUGGGGCAGAUUUAACAUGGCUGCUCAGUAGUGUCGUGGUUGAUUGUACUUUUUCUACAUUCUUCAAAAUCUCUGAAAAAUUGUAUAUACUUCCCCGAUUUAAACAUCAUCAUUGAAGAGCGCUUGCAGUAUUCUUUACAUUAAAUGUGGAAUUUGUCCGAGAGAGUCGUGGAAACGUGGAAAAAUCACCGAUAGAAAAAAACGCACGCCAUCGCGAGAGUCACUGCGAAGUUUUCAAGGAAAAAUACUAGUCUGGUUGAUGGAUUGCAUGGCGCAGCUGUUUUUAUCUAGUGUUUAAUUCGGUGAUUUGUAGUAUUGCAAAACCAAAAAGUAAGUUUAGGGAGAGAUGGAGUUCGCCCAGCCACCGCCGCCGAACAUGGGUGCUCCGCCACCGCCAUCUGGCAUAAACUAUUCGAUGCCGCCACCGGGAGUGCCCCGAUCGUUCCAAGGUGGCAUGAUGGGUGGCGCCGGACGACCUGGACAGCCCUACUACCGCGGCAUGUCGGGUUUUCCACGAGGUCCUGGCGGAAUGCCCAUGAGUCAGGAUGAUUUCGAUGGAAAGCGCCUCCGGAAGAGCGUCAUGCGGAAGACCGUGGACUACAAUGCUUCCAUUAUUCGAUCCUUAGAAAAUCGCAUUUGGCAGCGAGAUAAUCGAGAUCGGAGAGCACUUCAGCCUGAGAGCAUCUACACACCUGAACUCCUGCCACCGCCAAGCUACAUGGAUAACCCCAGCAACUCCGUGACAACGAAAUUCGUGAAGACAGCCACAAACAAGAUGAAGUGCCCCAUCUUCACCCUAGCCUGGACGCCAGAGGGACGACGUCUCGUCACUGGAGCCAGUUCCGGAGAGUUCACCUUGUGGAAUGGACUUACAUUCAACUUUGAGACAAUCCUGCAGGCUCAUGAUGCUCCCGUCCGGACGAUGGUGUGGUCACAUAAUGACAACUGGAUGGUGACUGGCGAUCAUGGUGGUUACGUUAAGUACUGGCAAUCAAAUAUGAACAACGUGAAAAUGUAUCAGGCUCACAAGGAACCGAUUCGUGGCAUAAGCUUUAGUCCUUCGGAUAAUAAAUUUGCCACGUGUAGCGAUGAUGGGACACUGCGAGUCUUCGAUUUCUAUCGGUGUGUCGAAGAGAGAGUGCUCAGAGGUCACGGAGCAGAUGUAAAGUGUGUCCAUUGGCAUCCCCAGAAGGCUCUCAUUGUGUCAGGAAGCAAGGAUAAUCAGCAACCAAUAAAGCUGUGGGAUCCCAAGAGUGGUCAAGCUCUAGCCACACUGCAUGCUCACAAGUCCACUGUGAUGGAUCUCAAGUGGAAUGACAAUGGCAACUGGCUCGUCACUGCCUCCAGAGAUCACUUGCUGAAGCUUUUCGACUUGCGCAACUUGAGUGAAGAAGUACAAAUAUUCCGUGGCCACAAGAAGGAGGCGAGCGCCGUGUCUUGGCAUCCAAUUCACGAGGGUCUCUUCAGCUCUGGGGGUUCAGAUGGAUCCGUGUUGUUCUGGAAUGUGGGAACGGACAAAGAGGUGGGUGCCAUUGAUGCGGCGCAUGACAGUAUUGUGUGGACUCUUGCAUGGCAUCCACUCGGUCACAUCCUCUGUUCCGGCUCCAAUGAUCACACCAUCAAGUUCUGGACGAGAAAUCGUCCUGGUGAUCAAAUGCGAGAUCGCUACAACUUGAAUACACUUCCGGCGAGUCUUCAAGGCUACGAUGACUGUGAAAUUGAUGAUCACGUUGUGAUCCCCGGAAUGGGUCUCGAGGACAAGGCUGACUUCACUGAGAGCUUGACGGCAGAACGUGACUAUAUACCAGGGCUGGAUUUGGAGCCCGAUUAUGAUCGGCACAGGGAGAAGAGGCCCUACAGCAAGCCCAUUCCGCGCAAGUUCCAGGCGCAAUGGAACGACACGGGUAAAAUGGACGAGGAAUCAGCAUCACAGGAGAUUAAGGAAGUCAUUACACAAAUUGUGGAGAACACACCCGGUGCUGUGGCACAGCAGAAAGGUCCACCGUCAGCGAUGCUUGUAUAUGGAAAGAUAAUUCAAAUCCUGCCUGGCACUCCACUCGAAGCGGCAGUUCUCGAGGGAUCUACUGCCCUCAAUAACUUCAUCAGUUCAGGAGAGAUUGAAGAAUUGAAGGAUCUUCUGCCGCAAGCUGAUGAGACGACAGAGAAGGAGAGCACAACUGAGGAGUCUGAGCAGCAAGAUGGUGAAGCACCGCCAGCAAAACGCGCGAUGAUUGAUCACAAUGUGCAGCUCAUCUAUGAGAAGAUAUCAUCCCCAGUCAUUCCUUCCCUCAUGGACCUCAAGUUGGAUGCUGUGAAUCUUCCGGCCAGCUCAGGUCCGCCCACGUAUGACAGAGAUCGCCUGAGGAAUGGCACUGGAGAGCCCGUGGCGGCACUCACUAGUCCCUGGCAGCAGACGGCCGCUGGUCAAGCUGCCGCCGCUGCCGCGGCAGCAACUCCAGUCGCCGCGAGUCCCUGGGCAUUUGGACAAGCGCCGCAGUCCCUCAAUGAGGUCACCAUGAACUUCCGCAGUAAUCUCAAUACAGCCGCCUUUGGGCCCGCCGUCACCGGUCAGCCGCCAGCUGAUUGGACAAACGGAAGCGCGGCCCCGCGAAAUGGGCGAGACAGUCGGGGUCGAAACGGCGCCAGCACCAGCAGUGGAAACGGAAGUGCCAACAGUCGUCGGACGGGAUCCUCUACCACGUCAGGGGAUCGUAGUCGCAGAUCCGGCGGCCGAUGGGGCAGACGCUGAACUGAACGUUUUAACAAUCCACAUAAUGUCCAUUUUUACAAUUGCUUGUACAACACGUCAUGGCAAGGAAUUUAGUUUAAUGGCGUACGAAAGGUUCGGUUAAGCGAGAAGUAACAGAAACAGCGGAUAAAAUGAGACCGCUUUAAGAUAUCGUAGAUUUUCAAUUGCCCAUGGUGUAUGUAUUCUAUUAAAUUCUAGCAAAAUCAAACAUUUAUCUUUUCAAUU